AUGGCUGCUUGCUUACCUACCAAAUUUUUUGAAGUUUUGCGUUCUAUUAGAGAAGAGCAUAAAAAGAAAGAUAAACCAGAGUACAUGAUGGAGGAAUCGACUUAUGGACAGGGGUAUUAUGAUGUGCAAGGUUUAUCUUUUACAGCAAAAGGGUUGGUAAUAGAGUUUCAAUCAAUAUUAAUCAGCUGGAUGGUAGUUGACUUUUUGAACAAUCAGUUCUUCGGAAAAAUUCCUAAAAAGCUUCAUUCACUUAUCGUCCUAAACCUUUCUCAUAACUGCUUAACAGGUCCCAUCCCAUCAUCAUUAGGUCAUUUAACAGAGCUUGAAUCAUUAGAUCUCUCAUCAAACAAGCUCCAAGGGAGAAUUCCAACAGAGUUAACAAAUCUUGGAUUCUUAGAGGUGUUAAACCUUUCUCAGAAUAAUCUCAAAGGACACAUUCCUCAAGGCAAACAAUUUGACACUUUCACCAGUGAUUCCUAUACGGGAAAUUUGGGUUUAUGCGGUUUGCCAUUAUCAAAAAGCUGUGAUAAUGAUGGGAAAACUCCUGCCAGAUUCGAUAGUGAUGAUGAUGAUGAUGAAAUGAAUUGGAAAUUUUCUAUAUUGAUGGGGUACGGAUGUGGGUUGGUGUUGGGAUUGAGCAUGGGAUACAUUGUAUUCACAACUGAAAAACCAUGGUGGUUGAUUAAGAUCGUGGAGCGAAUUCAACAAAGAUUUUCAAAAAGGUAG